ACUGUAGCUGUGUGCUCUGGCAAGCGGUGAUGAAGGAACAGCUCUAGCAGAGGAUGCUUUCGGGCGGGGGUGGGGGGAAAAACCAAAUCUGUAGAUCCAAAUCUAAGCCGAGAGCCUUCACUUUCCACUGGGUGAGCCCCGCUGUCCUCCGGUCAGCCUCCGCUCCAGACACAGCCAACCCGGCUGAAGGUCUGUGGCGGGGUCGGGCUGCGCCAGCUGGACCCGCCCCGAGCUCCAUGGUUCGCCCAGCCCCGCGCGAUGGUGACUCUGGGCUCGGAGGGUGGCUAUGGGAGAGCCCGCAGAUCACAGCAGCGUGAAGGCGGGGAGCGCGGCGGGCGGCGGUCGGCGGUCGGCGGGCAGGGACUGUCUCCCCGACCUCAGUACCCAGAGAAGCGGCUCAACCACCUGAACCCCGAAAAACGCCAACAAGUAGUUACUCCUUUGAGGAGGGUGGCUCAGCUGGCCUCAGAGACUCAGUCCGACUGCAGGAAGAACCUCGUCCACACGGAGACCCAAGCAGAUCUACUUUUCUCCGGGUCUCCUUAAGUCAUGUCUGAGCCACAGAGAUGGGCAAGAUCGAGAACAACGAGAGGGUAAUCCUCAAUGUCGGGGGCACCAGGCACGAAACCUACCGCAGCACUCUCAAGACCCUGCCUGGAACUCGCCUGGCCCUUCUCGCCUCCUCUGAACCUCAGGGCGACUGCCUGACUGCAGCGGGUGACAAGCUGCAGCCGCUGCCCCCUCCGCUGUCUCCGCCGCCGCGACCGCCUCCCUUGUCCCCUGUCCCCAGCGGCUGCUUCGAGGGCGGCGCAGGCAACUGCAGUUCGCACGGUGGCAAUGGCAGCGACCACCCUGGGGGAGGCCGCGAAUUCUUCUUCGAUCGCCACCCAGGAGUCUUCGCCUAUGUGCUCAACUACUACCGCACGGGCAAGCUGCACUGCCCCGCCGACGUGUGCGGGCCACUCUUCGAGGAAGAGCUGGCCUUCUGGGGCAUUGACGAGACCGACGUGGAGCCCUGCUGCUGGAUGACCUACAGGCAGCACCGGGACGCGGAGGAGGCCCUGGACAUCUUCGAGACACCCGACCUCAUCGGGGGCGACCCUGGUGAUGAUGAGGACCUAGCGGCUAAGAGACUGGGCAUUGAGGAUGCUGCGGGGCUGGGAGGCCCCGAUGGCAAGUCUGGCCGCUGGAGGAAGCUGCAGCCUCGCAUGUGGGCUCUGUUUGAAGACCCCUACUCAUCCAGAGCCGCCAGGUUUAUUGCUUUUGCUUCUCUGUUCUUCAUUUUGGUUUCCAUCACAACCUUUUGCCUGGAGACACACGAAGCUUUCAAUAUUGUUAAAAACAAGACAGAGCCGGUCAUCAAUGGCACCAGCGCUGUUCUCCAGUACGAAAUUGAAACGGAUCCUGCCCUGACAUACGUGGAAGGAGUGUGUGUGGUGUGGUUUACUUUUGAAUUUUUAGUCCGUAUUGUUUUUUCACCCAAUAAACUUGAAUUCAUCAAAAAUCUUUUGAACAUCAUUGACUUUGUGGCCAUCCUCCCCUUCUACUUAGAGGUGGGACUCAGCGGGCUGUCUUCCAAAGCGGCCAAAGAUGUGCUUGGCUUUCUCAGGGUGGUUAGGUUUGUGAGGAUCCUGAGAAUCUUUAAGCUCACCCGCCAUUUCGUAGGUCUGAGGGUGCUCGGGCAUACUCUUCGUGCGAGUACCAAUGAAUUUUUGUUGCUCAUCAUCUUCCUGGCUCUGGGAGUGUUGAUAUUCGCGACGAUGAUCUACUAUGCUGAGAGAGUAGGGGCUCAGCCUAACGAUCCUUCAGCUAGUGAGCACACACAGUUCAAAAACAUCCCCAUUGGUUUCUGGUGGGCUGUGGUGACCAUGACUACCUUAGGCUAUGGAGAUAUGUACCCGCAAACAUGGUCAGGGAUGCUGGUGGGGGCCUUGUGUGCUCUGGCUGGAGUGCUGACAAUAGCCAUGCCUGUGCCUGUCAUUGUCAACAAUUUUGGAAUGUAUUACUCCUUGGCAAUGGCGAAGCAGAAACUUCCAAGAAAAAGAAAGAAGCACAUUCCUCCUGCCCCUCUGGCAAGCUCACCUACAUUUUGCAAGACAGAAUUAAACAUGGCUUGCAACAGUACCCAGAGUGACACAUGUCUGAGCAAGGAAAACCGGCUUCUGGAACAUAACAGAUCAGUGUUAUCAGGUGACGACAGUACAGGAAGUGAGCCGCCAUUAUCACCUCCAGAAAGGCUCCCCAUCAGACGCUCUAGUACCAGAGACAAAAACAGAAGAGGGGAAACGUGUUUCCUGUUGACGACAGGUGAUUACACGUGCACUUCUGAUGGAGGAAUCAGGAAAGCAAGCACACUAGAGCCCAUGGAGAGUACUUCACAGACUAAAGGAGACACAAGACCAGAAGCUCAUUGGAAUUGUGCGAACUUACUCAAUUUUGGGUGUCCUACAGGAAGUUCAUUCCCCACCCUCUAACUGUUCAAUGGAACUACCAAAACGUUUAUUUCCAAAGCUGUGUGAUAGGAUUCCAUUUUCAUUCACGUGUCUUGCUGUCCACGUCAUGUGACGUCACGUCACACUUUGUAUGAGAAGCACCCCCAGCUCAUUCAACUGCCUCUAAUAUUCUACUGAAAAUGCUACAAUACAUGACUGCCUCCAAAGGUCACAGGACGGGGUCCUGGCUGAAGUUAUUAGGGAAAACAACCAAGCUAUGUUCCUGAGAAGCUGUUUAAUGAUCUAAGCACAUGGCUUUCACCAACAGUAGAGUAGGUCGGUAAUUUUUGGUUUAAAACAAAAUUUACCUCAAUUCAUGGAGGGUGAGAGAAAGAGAUGACGUCAUCUGCAUACAUCAAAUUCAGAUCUAUUUCACUAAAAUUAUGACUCAGUUUACAUUUCAUUUGCUUCCUUUUUAUUUAAUUUUAUUUUACUACCUAAGGGAUUGGCAAUGUGCUUUCCAUCCUGUAUCACAUGGAUAAUGGCACCAGAUGCCAUUAUUAUGUGAAUCACUCUUUUAAACUAGUGAGCCUUAAAAAAUUACAUAUGUUGGAAACAAGUGUGCACUUCAGGUUAAGCAUGCUUCAUUAGUUAAUUAUACUAAAAUUAAAAGGGAUAUAUCUCAUAUAUUUUUAAUUUUCAGAAACAUGUCCUGAAAUUUAAAAGUGUUGAGUCUGUAAACAUAUGUAAGGGGAAUUUUUUUGCCUAAUUUAAAAAAUUCUUGUAGUCUUUAUAUCCAAAUUAUAUUAAUGCUAACUAUAAUCAAGCAUAAAUAUGUUUUGAAAUAUUGUAGCUAUAAUUUGUGUUAGCUGGUUUAAUUUUUUUUCAGAAUGUGAAAUAAAGUGAGCUUCAGUUUUUAGAUGUAUGAAUUGUGUCAAUAUUGAAUUCUUUACGAAUGGUAUUAGCUAAAAAAAUAGCACUUUGGGUUACCCUGCACUGUACUAUUUGUUUCUGUCUAUUUUCUGGUUGAACUCAACUGAUGUCUAUGCAUUUUUUCAUAAAAGGAUAUGAAAAAUCCCGAAGCUUAAACAACAUAGCUGGCUUGGCAGGCAAUGCUCUGAGACUCUCUCCAGUUACAUCCCCCUACAACUCUCCGUGUCCUCUGAGGCGCUCUCGGUCUCCCAUCCCAUCUAUCUUGUAAACCAAACUGCAUCAAUCGGCUAAAUUCUAUCAAUACAACUACUGUUUAUCCUGUAACGGAAACAAUUAACUGUAGAGUUUCUCCAGGCUCCAUUAAUAACAGUGUAAAUCCUGCAUGAUAUUACUAUUUGAAGUCAGAGAUCCUACCUGAGUAGCUAAAACAUCUUAUCCCGGCUUUAAAGAUGAUCUAAAGUAGUGCUACUACUCAAUACGAAUUGCCCCAGUUUCCUUUCGCAAUACAGUGACCAAUAGUGUCAGAUAUAUUGGCCAGUAAACUAACGCAUAACCGUAUCUUCAGGGAGAUAUACUUUAAUAGUGUGCUUCUCAAUGCCAACCACUUCACUGGACCUUCAUUUCUUGUGACUCCAAACCAUUCUGAAGAUGUCUGGGAUCCCUAUCUAGAUCACAUAGAACAUGACUUUGAUCAGCUCAUUUGCAUGGACCAUCUUGUCUGUAUCACCUGAAUACAAUGUUGUAGAGUCCUGGGACUGGAUGGCUCGGGAUACGUGUACUUGCUUCAAACCAUCCUGCAAAUGUGAAUGCAAAUGUGGAAGCUCUGGGAGGGAACCUGUUCUGCAUGUUGGAUUGUGGGGUAGGGGGGCGCCUUUCUCCUUGCUACCCCCCACUCACUCCUUCUUUGAUGGAAGUAUUUACUUUAAAUACCUUAAUUUCUCUAUUGAUUUAUAUUUCUUUAAAAAAAUGCUGUAUUGGUGUUCUGAAUAUUUUUGGUUGUUUGCACACACAGAUAACUGCAAAGAGAUUGUCAUUACUGGUUACACGCAAGCUGAGGCCAGAUCUCUUACUUAAUGAAUUGGGGAAGGCACAAAGCAUGAAAGAAAGGUAACGGCUAACCAGGCUUGCAUCGUUUAGCUAAGAUUUGCUGCUUGGUACUAGAGCCAUUCUCCCCCAGCCCCACCUCCCACAAGUCCUAGAAUUUGUCAUUAUUUUCAGAUGUAGAGUGCCAAAUAUUACCCAAAGCUUUUGUCUGCUUUUUUUCUUGCCUCUUUGUUUUUAUUUAUUCUUUUGUGUGAACAUUGAAAGUUACUGGUGUUCACCGAAGGCUUUUUUGACUAGCCUUAAAAUUUGCAUCAAAGGACUAACCAGAUUUUUCAGGCUGUGUUUAAUCAGGUGCUUCGUCCCUUGCAUUGUCUCCAUCUGUCUGUCUUAACUGUAUAAGCUAUUUGUCUCCAUAGAGUGUAGACAUGCCCUGAUCUUCUCUUUAAACUUCUUAUCAACUUCCCCACCUCCCGCCCAUGUCUUCUUUGCUACUUGGAGCAGCCUUUCUGAUAUGUAUGUAAAACUACUGAUGCUCUGUAGACUACCUAAAUUAAUAGGCACUGUGAAUAAUUUUUUUUUUAUGAGCAGGACCGAAGCAGCAAUUUCACCAUAGUUCUCUGUUGCCUACUGCAGUGCUGGUUUCUGCUACCAAGCAAUCUGCAUUUGUCACUACAUUCCAGGAAUCAUACCUAGGGAGUCAUCUUUUUUUUUGUUGUUUUUUAGUCUGGAGGGAAGAUAGUCUGUUUAUCCAUCUCUACCAAAUGCUACAGCAAUAGUGUAUCUGAUGUUUUGGAUAUGUGAGGGAAGGAAAAUGCCAUAAUAUAAUCUCAGCAUAGACUAUUACUUUCAAUGAGUUGAUUCUUAAGAGUGUUGAUGAAUUCCCAACUCUCAUGUAUAUUUUUGAUAGAAAGGCAAUUGUCACUUGUGUUAUUGGAUAGAGACAUGUCUUAUUCUCCAUUCUCAAGCCUUAGAGCAUGAGCUGCAUGUCAGAGAUCUUGUACAGCAAUGCGUUCACCCAGACGUAAAUAUUCAAUAUUUAGAGAAACCGUGAUUCUUUUUGAUAACACCAUUCGUAGAAUGCUAUAAAUACUCAGAGAUUUACGGUAAGAGAUUAAUAUGCUGCCUGGUGCUGCUGUUAUUGACUGCAGUGUUGUACAGAAUUUAUCAUGGAUUUUUGACUGCUGAAAAAAGGACAUUGAGAUAUAGCCAUUCCAAGGAUUGUACUACCGAAUGUUCUGCUACCGAAUGUGACCCAAUGUGACCAGUUUGUAUUCAAAAGACGUUCUGCAGCUUAUAAAGGAACCAUGGCUGGAACUGAAAUGGUGCUUGCCAUGGGAAUAUUCUGCUUGUCGACAGACCAGAGUCCACAAAACAACUGUAUAUACCAACGUGUGCAUGGGUCCACCCCUCUCACAGUCUCAUAGCAGAGGGAGCCACAUCCAUGGUCAGCAUCUGUGAAGCUUCAAGGAAUGCCCGCAAGGCUCUGAAUGGCUUCUCUCAGGCUCACGGUGGUUUUGCUGUGAAUUGCAGAGGGUAGUGAAUCUGAUGUAGUAUAGGUCUGUUUUCAUUUCUGUUUGUACAUUAUGUGUUGGAUCUACAAACACUGAUUGCCUCAUUUUCUUGCAAACUGCUUAUAUAUCAGCUUGUGUAAACUUUUAGUGUCUACAUCUAAAUCUACCUAUUUCUUAGUCAUGUAUUCAUUUAGUUCUGGAACGCUGUUACUAUCUAGAAGAAAGUCAUCAACAGUAUUCAUAGUUUAAGUCUUUUGUCAUUGUUACCUCAAUUAUAAAUAUUAAAAAAUAUAAAUUCUGUCAAUGAGAAUAUUUUUUUAUUAAAUGAUCGAGGAAAAUGUCAGUAUAUAGCAGAAUAUUAUCAAAUUAUAUCCUAAAAUGUCUAUUUUGCAUAAAAGAGAUAUUCUUCAAUCAAUUCCUUUUUUUGUGAGCUUUGUGGCUAAUGAAGUGUAUGUUCGUCUUUAUCACUGCUGUAGUUGAAACUGUAUAAGAGUUUUUCCUCUUGCUUAAUCAAUAUUUCCAGAAUCUAUUAGCUCCCCUGGGAUUCUGAAUAUACUGUAUAGCCUAACUAUAAACCCCUGUAUCGUGUACCUUUUGUGACCAUCUCAAGGUGCAUGCCUCACCUUCGUGAUAAGCCAGUGGACAUGUUACUAACUGAAAUGAAGAAUAAAAGUCAAAUGAUCUGGGGAUAAACUUGAAUCUUAUCUGAUUAAAUGAUUCAUACCCUU